AUGAGGAACCUGAAUAACAGUGCUAUCCUUGUCCUGGACCACCAGCAUCCAUCCUGGGAAUGCGGGAGCUGUUUUCCAUGCUCAUUAUCCCUGUUCCUGCUCUGCAGGGAGGAUGGGGAGCUGGAGGAAGGCGAGCUGGAGGACGAUGGAGGGGAGGAAGCUCAGGAUGCCACCGAAUCCCAGGAACGGGGUCGGAAGGAGAAGGGGGAAAAGCACCACAGCGACUCGGAGGAGGAGAAAUCCCAUCGGCGCAUGAAGAGGAAGCGCCGGAAAGAGAGGGAGAAGGAGAAGAGGAGAUCCAAGAAGAAGAGGAAAUCCAAGCACAAGCGCCACGCGUCUUCCAGCGAUGACUUCUCGGACUACAGCGAGGACUCGGACUUCAGCCCUGGGGAGAAAAGCCAUAGGAAGUACCGGGAAUACAGCCCUCCCUAUGCAUCCUCCCACCAGCAGUAUCCGUCCUCUCACGGUGCUCCCAUGCCCAAGAAGAGUUAUUCCAAGCUGGAAAGCAAGAGCUAUGGCAUGUAUGAGGACUAUGAGAACGAGGAAUACGCUCAGUACGAGGGAGAGGAGGAUGAAGAGCUGGGCAAGGAGGACUACGAUGACUUCGUGAAGGAGCUCAACCAGUACCGGAGGGUCAAGGAGGGCUCCCACCGUGGCCGAGGAGGCCGGGGCCGGGGCCGUGGGUACCGGGGCCGAGGCGGCCGUGGUGGGAUGCGAGGCCGGGGCCUGGGCCGGGGCAGCCGGGGCCGGGGCCGGGGCGAGCACCCAGAGGAGGAGGAGGAGAUGUACGAGGAGGAGAUGGAGUACUGCGACGCCGAGGAGCCCAUGGAUGAGGAUGACUACAUGAAAGAGCUCAACCAGUACCGCAGGAGCAAGGAGAGCCGCGGCCGGGGUUUGAACCGAGGCCGUGGCCGUGGUCCCAGAGGAAGAGGGAACAAAGGGAUGGGCCGAGGCCGGGGCCGAGGUGGGAACAGGAGCGGGAUGGGGAAAGGUGGUGGCAUGAACGAAGAGGAUGAUUACUACGACGAGGACAUGGGGGACGGCGGUGGGAAUUACCGCCGCAACGACCACGACAAACCCCACCAGCAGGCAGACAAGAAGGGCAAAGUGAUCUGCAAGUACUUCGUGGAGGGUCGCUGCACCUGGGGCGACCACUGCAACUUCAGCCACGACAUUGAACUGCCAAAGAAACGGGAGCUCUGCAAGUUCUACAUCACCGGGUACUGUGCCCGGGCUGAGAACUGCCCCUACAUGCACGAUAUCUUCCCGUGUAAGCUCUUCCACACCACGGGCAACUGCAUCAACGGGGACGACUGCAUGUUCUCCCACGAGCCCCUCACCGAGGAGACCCGGGAGCUGCUGGAUAAGAUGCUGGCUGAUGACGCGGAAGCAGGCGCCGAGGACGAGAAGGAAGUGGAAGAGCUCAAGAAACAAGGAAUCAACCCCCUCCCCAAACCCCCCCCGGGGGUCGGGCUGCUCCCAACCCCCCCCCGGCCUCCCGGCCCCCCAGCCCCAACGUCUCCCAAUGGGAGGCCGAUGCCUGGGGGUCCCCCCCCGCCUCCCCCGCCUCCGUUGCCCCCCCCGGGGCCGCAGCUGCCCCCCCCCAUGCAUGAGCCACUGUCCCCCCAGCAGCAGGACAUGUACAAGAAGAUCCCAUCACUGUUUGAGAUCGUGGUGAGGCCCACGGGGCAGCUGGCAGAGAAGCUGGGAGUCAGGCACCCAGGUCCUCCCCCCCCGAGAUUCCCUGGACCAGGAGGACCCCCAGGACCGAUGGGGCCUGGACCCAUGCACCCCGACAUGCACCCGGAUAUGCAUCCGGACAUGCAUCCCGACAUGCAUCCUGACAUGCAUCCGGAUAUGCACCCGGACAUGCACCCGGAUAUGCACCCGGACAUGCCCAUGGGCCCUGGGAUGAAUCCCGGCCCCCCCAUGGGUCCUGGCCCCCCCAUGAUGCCCUAUGGGCCGGAUGAUUCCCCACAUUCCGGAAUGAUGCCCCCCGGUCCACCCGGCCAAGGCUUCUAUGAUAACUUUUACCAGCAGCAGGAAGGGCUGGAGAUGGAUCAUGGAAUGAUGGGAGACCCAGAUGACUACGGAGGCUACGAGGAGCUGGAAGGGCCCCCAGGAGAGCACAUGUUCCCUGAUCCCUCCUUGGAUCCCGAGGCCCUGUGUGAAGGAGGCCCCCCCGGCUUGGCCAAGCCUCCGGGCAGCAUUCCCGACUUCCUGCCCUCGGCACAGAGGGCUCUUUACCUGCGCAUCCAGCAGAAGCAGCAGGAGGAGGAGGAGAGGGCUCGGAGGCUGGAGAGCAGCAAGCAGGAGCGGGAGAACGAGGAAGGCGAUCCCGGGAACUGGUAUUCCAGCGACGAGGACGAGGGCGGAAGCAGCGUCACCUCCAUCCUCAAAUCCCUACGGCAGCAGAGCUCCGGGAAUGCCGCCCGCCCGCACAAAGGACAGGCCGGGAGCAGCUCCCGCCCGGCCGAUCCUCGCCUCCGGGAUCCGCGCCUCUCCCGGAAUGCCGAUCCCUCCGGAGAACCGGGCCCCUCGGACCCCCGCCUCGCCCGCCACAUUCCCUCCGCCGUUCCCAAACCCGAGCCUCAUUCCAGCGGGCAGAAGCCCCCCCUGCUUCCCGACGACGAGGAAGGGGAACGGGCCCUGCGGGAUAAGCCCAUCAGUAUCCCCUUGGAUGCUCUUCCCGGCCAUUCCCUGCGGGAUCCGCGCUCCCAGCUCCAACAGUUCAGCCACAUCAAGAAGGACGUGGUCCUCAACAAGCCCAACUUCGCCCGCAUGAUCCUAUGGAGCCCCGAGGAUCUCAUCCCGCUCCCUAUCCCAAAGCAGGAAUUCAUCCCCGUGCCGGCCGCCCUCCAAGCCAUGCCCGCCCUGGAUCCUCGCCUCAACAGAUCCCAAGCCUCCCUAUCGGAUCCCAGGCAAUCCCGAGCGGGAAGCGCGCCGGGAGACGCCAAUUCCUCGGGAUCGGGGCUCCCGGAUUUCGAGCUCCUUUCCCGGAUCCUAAAGACGGUGUCGGCGGGGGGGAGCCCCCAGAGCGACAAACCCAGCGACCCCCGCGUGCGCAAAGCUCCCGCCGAUCCCAGGCUUCAGAAAUCCAUGGAUCCGGCCCCAUCCCGAGCUUCCAAACCGACGGAUCCCGCUCCGGGAGGGGAAGCAACCGCUCCGGCCAUUGCUCCCUAUGACCCCCGGCUCCUGACGGGCACCGGGCAGAGCAGCGUCCUCAGCGCCAUCAGCCUCUACGAUCCCAGAACUCCCAACUCGGGUGGCAAAGCCUCCGAGCCUCUUCCCGAGGGAUCUUCCAAGGCUUCGGAAUGUGGGAAACCCCCCUCCAAAGCCAAGGAACCCCUUUUUGUCCGGCGUUCCGCUCUGGAACAACCCGACGCCGAGAAAGGAGGCGGCGAAUCCGCUACGGACAGGUACAACAGCUACAACCGCCCUCGUCCCAAAGCCGCCGGGAACGCCGCCGAUCCCGGUGCUCCCCAUCCCGGUGUCCAUAACCUCCCGGUCCCCCCUGUCUAUGGGAUGGUGAAACAGAGCUCCAAAUCCGGAGCCGGCAGCCCCUUUGCCGGGAAUAGCCCGGCCCAGGACAGCGAGCAGCAGGAUGCUGCUUCCCUCAAGGAUGUCUUCAAGGGCUUUGAUCCCACGGCGUCGCCUUUCUGCCAGUAGAAUUCCCAGCGAUUCCCAACAACCAUUCCCAACGAUUCCCGGCGCCGCUCUGGGAUUUGGGGUGUUCUUUUGGUUCUUUGCCAUUUAUUUUAAGCCCAUUAGCGCUCA